AUGGCACCCCGUUGCUUUAUUAUCCGCCACGGCGAGACAGAGUGGUCUCUUAGCGGCCGACACACGGGUACAACAGACCUGCCUUUGACGAAGAAUGGCGAGAGGCGAAUUCAGGCGACGGGCAAAGCUCUAAUUGGGGAUGAUAGAUUGAUAGUUCCCAAGAACCUAGUCCACAUCUACGUCUCGCCCCGUCAUCGUGCGCAGAGAACACUCGAUCUUCUUAAAAUCGGUUUCAAGGAGCGUUUGCCUUGGGCUGAGCACAGCGAAGAGGCUGAGCUUGUUCGUACUCAUGCUAGUGUUGAGAUUACGGAUUCUAUUCGCGAAUGGGAUUAUGGUGACUACGAGGGGUUGACUAGUAACCAGAUUCGAUCUAUCCGGACACAGAAUGGAGAAGAGCCAUGGAAUAUCUGGACUGAUGGGUGUCCAGGAGGAGAAUCUCCUGAAGAUGUCAUCCGCCGACUUGAUGCUCUGAUCGCCGAUAUCAGAGAGAAAUAUCAGCAGCCUUGUUUUGAGAAUCCGAAUAGUGUCAAGGGUGAUGUCCUGAUCGUUGCACAUGGACACAUUCUUCGUGCAUUUGCAAUGCGCUGGUCGGGCAAGUCUCUGACAGAUACAGCAUUCAUCCUCGAAGCAGGAGGUGUGGGAACACUGAGCUAUGAACAUAACAGCAUUGAGGAACCGGCAAUCAUCCUCGGUGGCUCAUUCAUGGUCGAGUAG